AUGUCCAGCCCCGUGGACGAGCGCAAGACCUUCCACUUGCAGGAGAAGCAAGGAGAGAAACGCUCCGAUUCCGAUGAGGUGACGCCGACCUCGGACGACGGCACCUAUAUCCACGAUGCCAACCCCGUAGGCCGGGAAAACCUCUUGAGAGUCAACACCUCCAUCCGCGAGGACGAUGGCGCUCCCAUAAUGAGCACACCCUCGGCACGUCGCGAGCAAGCGACCCGUCUGGAGGAUGAUUUGAUGCUGUUACAGGCGGAGCGCGUGGCCUCGCGUUCGACCCAGGGCGACAAUGGCGACGAGCGGGGCUCGAUGAGUCGGUCCCGGUCGCGCCGGAGCGAGGCCAUCGACGAGUUCGACGAGGCGACGAAUCCUCUACAUGAAAAGGCCGCCGUCUACAAACCCCCCGAGAACCCCAAUACCAAGCUUUCGGCCUUCGUGAAGAAAAUCCACCAGUCCAGCUUCCUAAUUCGAUACCUAACAUAUAUCGCCCCGGUGGUUCUGCUUCUCUUGAUUCCCUUGCUCUUUGGAGCUUUGAAGUUCCCCAAUGCGAGUGUUGGUGGUGUGAAACUGAUGUGGUUUUCGAUCUGGCUGGAAAUUGUUUGGUUAACUCUGUGGGCUGGCCGAAUCGUCGGAAAGGGGAUUCCCCCCGUGGUUGGUGUCCUGGCCAGCAUCUUCACCAACAACGCGAAGAAAUGGCGCGACAUGGCCAAGCAGCUCGAAUUGCAUGCCGCUCUUUUCUUCUGGUGGCUCGGCGUGGAGAUUUCCUUCCUGCCGACCAUGAAGAACCACCAUGUGGACGGCGACCAUGGCACCCGCAGUUGGGAGAGCACUGCUAACAAGAUCAUCAUCGUGAUCUUCGUUUGGACUAUCAUGAACCUGAUUGAGAAGAUCAUCAUCCAGCUUAUCGCGAUCAGCUUCCACCUGCGCACCUACGCCGACCGCAUUGAGCUCAACAAGUUCCAGAUCGGCAGCUUGGUGAAGUUGUACGCCUGGUCGCGUGACCGGAUCGAGGAGACCGACGAGGCCUUUCAGAUGAAAACCGAAAAGACACCCCCGGGAACCAGGACCCCCUUGCAUUAUGCCGGCAAAGCUCACAAAGUUGCUAAGGGCGCCUUGAAUAAAGCCGGGAACAAGGUCGCCGAUAUGGCUGGGGCCGUUGCGGCGGACUUCACCGGUCGCACGGCUCAAUACAGCUCGGACCCCUACCAGGUCGUACUUACUCUGUUGCGAAGCACCUCGGGUUGUCAGGUGCUGGCGCGUCGCUUGUACCGUACCUUUGUCCGUGAUGGAUUUGAUACUGUCUUUUCUGGGGACUUGAAGGAGGCCUUUGAUAACAGCGAAGAGGCCGAAGCGGCCUUUGCCAUGUUUGAUCGUGACAUGAAUGGAGAUAUCUCGAUGGAGGAACUAGAGGCUGUGUGUGUGGACAUUGGUCGUGAGCGCAAGUCGAUUACUGCCUCUCUGAAGGAUCUGGACUCGGUCGUGUCCAAGCUGGACGAUGUGUUCAUGUUCUUCGUCUUCAUCGUCGCGCUGAUUGUCUUCUUGUCACUCAUCUCGACCUCGGCCGCCGGUGUACUUACCUCUGCUGGAUCCAGUGUCCUGGCUCUUUCUUGGCUGUUCUCCGCUACGGCCCAAGAGUUUCUCCAGUCCGUCAUCUUCGUCUUUGUCAAGCACCCCUUCGAUGUCGGUGACCGUGUCACUAUCUACGGCAAUGCCGGUGACACCGGCCUAGGUGAUGACUACUUCGUCAAGGAGAUCACAUUGCUGUACACCGAGUUCAAGAAGAUGCAGGGUCACGUUGUGCAGGCACCCAACAGCUACCUGAACACCCUCUUCAUUCUCAACCAGCGCCGUUCCGGUGCCCUCGCUGAAGCCAUCCCGAUCAUCAUCAAGUACGGCACUACCAUCGACCAAAUUGACGGCCUUCGCCAGCGUUUGCUCGAAUUUGUGCGCAGUGAAAAGCGCGACUUCCAGAGUAACAUCCUGACCGAGAUGCGCGCCGUCACUGAAAACUUCUCCGUCACCCUGAACGUUGUCUUCUUCUACAAGUCCAACUGGCAAAACGAAGGCCUGCGUCUACAGCGCCGGAAUAAGUUCAUCUGCAUGCUCAUGAUCGCCCUCCAGGAGAUUGGCAUCGAGGGCCCACGCAUGAACCUCCAGGGCGCGAACGUUGACAUCCCCUUCCACGUCAACUACAACCAGCCCAUGAUGGCGCCCACCCCGAAGAAGGAAGCCGAUGUCCACGAGAUCGAGGAGGUACCUAUUGGCCACGAAUCUGGUUCUAUGCCCGAAAACACUGGCAGCAGCAGUGCUGUGCGCCGCCCAUCCAUUCUGCGCAAGGGCAUGAAUACUGCCGCGGCGCGCGCCCGUGGUCAGUCUGUCUCCCGCAAGCACGUCGACUUCUCUCUUGGCAUGGCCGACAUGUCGUCCAACGACAUUAUGGGCGAUGUCUUUGAGGAUCGCUCCGUGCGUAUCGACGACGUUGUCCGCACCACCAAUCGCGAAACCCAAGAGCGCCGCAUCCAGGAGGCCCUGGAGGAAGAGGAGGAGCGUCGCAGCCACGGUUCUUCAUCACGAAUGUCUUCGCGUCACCGCCGUCCCUCGAACCUGAGCGCCCCGUCGCACGACGGCCGUCCAUCGACCGACGCGCUUAGCCUUGCGAGUGGCACCUCGUCGACUCGCCACCGGUUCUUCCGACACCGCGCCAGCGUCAGCCGUGACCGGGACGAUAUGAUGGAGCAGGGCCGUGUCGAUACGACCCCUUCUGCAGCCGUGCAUGAACAGCAGGAGCACCAGAGCGAGCGAACACACUAA